GCUGAGGCAGCUUCAGAUUUCUCUCCAUGCUGGUUACCUCCAACUCUGCUACUGCAAGUCUUGCUAUCGAUCGAUGCUCCUAUUUAUACUACCAGUUCCUACUGGCUCCUCUGGAGGUCUGUGUCUCUGACUCUUCAGAAGCUUAAGAUGCAUAAUAAAUACUCUAUUCAAGUAUCUCGAGCAAUUAAACUUUAUAGAAGCCCCAGCCUGCCUUGUUUGUUAAACUUUGAAACAUUUGCCAAAAAACAGGGUAAAGGAUCUGAAGAUUCUGAUUAUCUUUGGGCCAGGCUAUUGUGGAAUAAAUGGUUUGAGGAGCUGUUUGUUCCCACUAACAAACCUGACGAUAAACAGAUGUUAGGCAAACAUCUUUUGGUACAGGAAAUGGAGGAUGCCGCAAAAGAAAAAGAAUUACCAAACUAUGUGAAUCCUUUUCUAUUUGAUGGCAAAAAAGAAGAACUUGCACAGUGUGAGCAUGAGAUUGAGAGAAUAACCCAAGAGAUAAAUAAAGGAUGCACUACAGCGUUUAACUAUUGUCGUCGUGGAGCAAUAUACAGAAAGAUUGGAAAAAUGCAGUCAGCUUUGGAUGACUUAGAAAAAGCAAUACAUUUGGAACCAUUUCUGGCUAAUGCCUAUUGGCACAGACACUUAAUAUUUGUUUACCAAAAUAAAACUCUUCCAGCUCUAGAAGAUUUGAAUUUUAUCAUUAAACGCAACGUAACCUAUACAGAUGCUUAUUUGUCAAGAGCUCAGAUAUAUAGAAAACAGGGAAAUAAUCACUUGGCAAUGAUAAAUUACACUUUGGCACUGAGAUAUAGACCCACAGAUCCUGAAAUAUAUUACAAGAGAGGUGAAAUCCAUGAAGAAGAGGGUGAGUUAAUACUGGCAAUGGAAGAUUAUUCAAAGUGCGUUUACUAUGAUCCCCAAAGAAUUGAUGCACGUAUGAAACAUGGAGUAUAUUAUUUUAACAAAUCAAAUUGGAGUGUAGCUAUGCAUGAUUUUACAACUGUGAUAAAAAAAGAUCCAAAACAUGCAGAGGCAAGAACCUACAGAGGAAGAAUAUACAUUAAGCAAGAGCAAUAUAAAAAUGCAGCUGAAGAUUUAUCUGCUGCAAUUCAUUUGAAUCCCCGUAACUGGAUUGCAUUCUAUUACAGAGGUUGCAUUUUGAGGAAAAUUGAUCAGAAACAGUCUCUACAAGACUUAAGUGUUUCUGUCCUUCUCAAUCACAAUUUUGACAAUAUUGGUGCUUACCUUCAUCGUGGCAUCUUGUAUGCAGAAUUGAAACAGUGGCCCCUGGCUAUCUGUGAUUUUGAAAAUGCAAUUGCUUUGGACAGGAGUCUUACAACACCUUAUAUAAACAUUGGAUUGAUUAUGAUGUUGCAUUCGGAUCAGUAUUUUGAUGCUAUUCUACGGUUCACUGAAGCCAUUCGGGUUGAUCCAUUAGAUAUUAGACCUUACUUGUGCAGAGCGCAAGCUUACCAAAAGGUUCAUGAUUUAAAGAAUUCAGUUAAAGACAUAAAUAGAGCCAUUCAUCUCCAUCCCAACUUACCCCAUUUAUUCUUAAUAAGGGGACAAUAUUUACUACAAAUGAAGCAUUUUGAACUUGCAAGUUUCUGUAUACACCAAGUGGCAGAAAUGGACAAAGGAUCUCUUGGAUGUUCACUUGUUCAAGAAGCACUUGUGCAAUCAUUUUGUCAAAACUAUAACAAGGCUAUUGAGUGUGCAAUUGCAGCCACGAGAAACCAGCCUGAGCCUGCUAUAUAUUGUCUACUUGGAAAAAUCCAGAUGAAAGCCAAAAAAUUCAAGGAUGCUCUUUCCAGUUUUAAUGAGGCUUUGUUGCUGCUAGGUGGCAUUGAAAAAUAUCUUCCUAAUACCUUUGAGGCUGCAGAAUUAUAUUUUUUAAUGGGCGAGUGCUACAUGGAGCAAGUUUUUCUAAUAGAGGCCUGCGAUGCUUUUACUUCUGCUGUCAGACUAUAUCCACGAUAUGCAGAUGCAUUUUACCAACGAGGGCUUUGCAGAAUGCAGCUCCAACAAGCUAAAUGCAUCUUAGAUUUUAACAAAACACUUGCUAUUGUACCAAAGCAUUUUCAGGCUUAUUUAAGUCGUGCUGCUUACUAUGGUAGUAAAGGAAGAUACUCAAAAGCAAUAAUGAAUUGCACUGAAGCCCUCAAAAUUGAGCGACGUAGUGUGAGAGCGUAUCUUUACAGAGGAGUACUGAAAUUUUACAACAGGACUUACAAGCAUGCUGUUGAAGAUUUAACUAAAGCUAUACAAUUGGAUCAGAUGUGCACUUUGGCAUAUUAUAACAGAGCAAUUGCAUUCCAACAAUUGAAAGACUAUGAAUGUAGUUUGAUAGAUUAUAAGACUGUUCUUCAUCUUGAGCCAAGCAAGGACAUUGUCUUGAAAGUGAUGAAAAAUCGUGCUCUAGUUUAUAUAGAAACAAAACACUAUGAAUAUGCACUAAAGGACUUUGCAGAAGUGGCAAUGAUUGAACAAAAAAAUGUAGGAGUAUUGAAUGCUAUUGGACUUUGCUAUCACAGACUUCAGAAAUAUGAAGAGGCUGUGGAAUCAUUUUCUAAAGUUCUUAAACUCAACCCCUUUUGUUUGGAUGCCUACAUUGGUCGAGGAAAUGCAUACCUGGAAUAUGGUCAUAGCAAAGGCACCAGACAAGCCCUAAAGGAUUUCUUGACAGCAGUACAUAUCAAUCCAGUGUGCAUAAAGGCUAGACUUUGCUUAGGAUACAGCUUGCAGGCUCUUGGAAAAUUUCAGAAAGCGUGGACUCAGUUUUCAGCAGCCAUUCAUUGUGAUCCUAGUUGUCACAAUGCUUACGAUGGACGUGCUAUAGUCUGUCUGCAGAUGGGGGACAUUUUUGCCGCUUUUCAAGAUACGAAUGCUGCACUAAAGAUAACCACUAACGCAGAAUUGCUUACAAAUCGAGGUGUGAUUAAUCAGUUCAUGGGAUAUUUAAACUGUGCUAUGCGUGACUAUCAGCAGGCUAUCACCAAAGACCCUAACUAUGCUUUAGCCUAUUUCAAUGCAGCAAAUGUCUACUUUUUAAACAAGCAGUUCUCACAGGCAAAUGACUAUUAUACCAAGGCCAUAGAACAUGAUCCCGAAAAUGAAUCUGCUUUCUUGAAUCGAGCUAUUACAAAUACACUCUUAAGAAAUUUUGAAGACGCAAAAACAGAUUUUGAGAAGGCAAUUUCCUUGUCCCCUUUGUCUGCAGCAAUAUAUUUUAACAAGGCAAAUCUCUACAGCAUGUUACAGCAAUAUGAGCAAGCCGAGGAAGACAUUUCAAAAGCACUUUCAAUUCAACCUUAUGAUGCCUUGCUGUAUAAGCUCAGAGCUGAUAUUCGUGGCAAAAUGGGAUUAAUUAAAGAAGCAAUUGCUGAUUAUAAGAAAGCCAUCAGCAUCCAAGAGCUAAUCAACAGCAAUUGAAAAGAUGAACACUCAAAAUAUUUAUAGUAUUAUUUAAAACUGGACAACAUUUUCUGCUGAUAUAGAUAGCUUGCAUAGUGUUUUGUACUUAUCACAAUUUUAAAAUAUGUACAUUUCUGUACUUAUUUGCACAA